AUGAAAAUCGCCGCCGCCGCCGCCAUGACAGAUAGAAUACAACAGAUUUUGAUUAGAAAUCAAAGAGAUGAUUUCGUACUCACAAACGAAGCUCAACAAUUUCUCAACAAGAGAGGAAUCAUUAUUAGAAUGAGAGGACUCCCCUACGAAUGCUCAUCCAAACAAGUGAUAGAUUUCUUUAGAGAAGGCGAACAAUCUUGCGAUAUAUUCGACGGUGAAAAUGGGAUAUUGUUCGUUAAAAAACCCGACGGAAGAUCCACCGGAGAUGCAUUCGUUCAAUUCAUACACGAAUCCGAAGCCAUAGCAGCUCUCAGCAAGCACAAAGAACUCAUAGGUACCAGAUACAUUGAAUUGUUUCGUAGCACGCCGGCGGAAGUCGAACAAGUUAGUCGAAAUGAUAUCUAUAUAAAAGCUCAAGAGUCCAAGCCCAGAGUACCUGCUGUACAGUUACCGUUAGUUGCUCCCAUACCUCCGGCGGCCGUACCGCAACACGUUAUCACGUCUGGCACUAAAAAAGAUUGCAUUAGGUUGAGAGGUUUGCCCUACGAAGCUCAAGUCGAACACAUAUUAGAUUUUUUAGGUGAUAAUGCCAACAAUAUCGUUCUCCAAGGUGUUCACAUGGUUUACAAUGUUCACGGUCAGCCCAGUGGUGAAGCUUUCAUACAAAUGGAUUCCGAAGUCUCGGCGAGUCAAGCGGCGAAUCAUUGUCAUCAUAGAUACAUGAAUUUUGGUAAAAAGCAAAGAUACGUUGAAGUAUUUCAAUGUAGCGGCGACGACAUGAACGCGUUUUUAACGAGCGGUCACGUGUCACCCAAAGCAACACCCGUCAUCAAUCCAGGUAUUGAAAACAACAUUCCAGGGAUGGGUGUGCCACUUUCUUCUACUCUCCUUUCUUACUACGAACCGUCUCCCGUGUCUCUCAUGCCUUUCGUACAAGCGAAUCCUUUUUUAUUUAAUCCCUUCGGAUUGCAACACCCUCAGCAACUGUCGGCGGCCGCGGCCGCAGCCGCGGCGGCUUCUUUCAUAAACAAACAUCCACAUCCGAAAGGUCUUUAUCCCAUAACGUCAAAUAAUUAUCCGUGGACGUCGUCCGACGAGUCGUUCAAACCCUCUCCCGGAAACAUAACGAACGCGGGAGAAACUUUGGUAAAACCGAAAGGUGCGGAACCGGAAACGAUACCGACGCAAUCCGACGUGUAUUCUCCUUAUUCGACUCCAUCUCAUCCUAGCGUUUAUUUCUUUCAUCCGAACGUUCCUCCCCGAGUCGUUGCAAAUCCGAUGUUUCCAAAACCCGGUUUCCCAUCCGUUCCGACUCCCUCCUCCGUCGUUUUCCCUCAAAUGACUCCGCAAUUAACUCCAAUGGGUGUACUGGGUGUGAAAAGAUCUUGGGAGCAAGCUUUCCCUCUGGAGACGGCAGCCGUGCAAGGAGCCAAACGAUGGCCAACUCCUCAGAUUGCUACUUUUGCAGUUCCUGGGUUCUUUCCUGAUGUGGGUUAA